GCAUGCAUUGUUUACUCCCAAAUGCAACGACGCGCAUAGCGAUGACUCGUCGCAGGAAGAUAUUUCGUUAAGUAAUUGUUUCUCGCGCUCGGCCGACGAACGCUUAGUUAUCCGACCCGUUGAUGGUGCAUGCGAAGCCGCUACGUGAUUACGAUCGAUUUGUUACGUCUAUCCGCACGUUCAUAUACAUGCAUGUUUAUUGGGUGUGAUGAUACACACACAACACCAUUUAUUUUUUUCGAUCAUUUAACAUACGAUGCAUCAUCCUCGAAAUUAAUGUGAUUCAAGCAAUUUGACAGCUAUAAGAGUGCUCAGAGAAAAACAAUAUAAUCUGUUUACUCAUAUUAAAAACCUGUAUCAUGACUGAAUACAAACUUGUGGUUGUUGGAGCUGGAGGUGUUGGAAAGUCGGCGCUUACCAUUCAGCUGAUACAAAAUCAUUUUGUUGAUGAGUAUGAUCCUACUAUAGAAGAUUCAUAUAGGAAACAAGUGGUGAUCGAUGGUGAAACGUGCCUUUUAGAUAUAUUAGACACAGCUGGACAAGAGGAGUACAGUGCAAUGAGAGAUCAGUAUAUGAGAACAGGAGAAGGAUUCUUGUUAGUGUUUGCUGUAAAUUCGGCGAAAAGUUUUGAAGAUAUUGGAACAUACAGGGAACAAAUAAAACGAGUGAAAGAUGCGGAAGAAGUGCCAAUGGUGUUAGUUGGAAAUAAGUGUGAUCUUCAACAGUCUUGGGCGGUAAAUAUGACUCAAGCGAGAGAAGUCGCACGACAGUACGGUGUGCCAUUUGUAGAAACUUCAGCAAAAACGAGAAUGGGUGUAGAUGAUGCAUUUUAUACUUUGGUCAGAGAAAUACGAAAAGAUAAAGAACGCACAGGUAAACCACCUGGUAGUUCUGGACAUAAGAAGCGUCUUCUGUCAAAAUGCAAAAUUUUAUAAAUUCUUGGAUAACACCAAUAUUUUCACGUGGCUAUUACAACGCAGGAAUAGAAUAUGAAAAAAAGUCUUACAUUACGUUCACAGUGCACAAAUAUUUGCAGCUUACUCUAUAGAAUAUUAUGAUAAAUUGCAAGCACAAUUUUUUCUAUACAUUGAAAAGAAAGAACAAAUUACCUAAUAGUACUGUAUGUUUUAUUAACAUACGUUUUACUAACGGAUUUAUGUUUCAUAUAAGAAAUAUUUACCUAGCAGUUUGCCAUGCAAUUUUUAAUAUUUCAUUAAACUGAAGCAUUUUAACCCUUGA